AUGCGUGCAAGUCGUAGUUGUGGGGACUGCGCGGAGGAAGAGGAGAAGAGCGUUCGCACACGCGUGAAGGACAUCGGUGGACGACGGAACGGCGGGAGGGAGACACACGCUCGCCUGGGGAACGCCAGCCAUGGGCUGGACGGCACGGCAGCAGAGGGCGCUCGCCGCACGAGGAACAACGAUGGGGAGGAAGACGAGAGGAGCCGCACUGGCAGAAGGAGGAUUGGCGCAGGGGUGGAUCGCGCUCGCCACGCUGACAGGAGCAGCAGGAAUGGAGGCCCCGCGGCAAGCUGCGCUCACCCGACCACCGCCGCGAGCGGGAAGAGACUCGUGACGGGGCAAGGCGCUCAUCGGAUGGCCACCGGCAGCAAGGAUGGGAGAGGGACGAAUGGGCGCGCACGCCAGCGAGACACCGACCGUGCAAGAGACGACGGGAGGAAUGGGAAAGGGCGUAUCGCUCGCCAGCCCGGCAAUGGGGGUAGGCGGGACGACAGAGGAGCCCUGGGGGCCUGCAUUGCGAGAGAAGAAGCAGUCCACGGGCGAGCAGAACCAGGAGCGUGA